AUGAAACUGAUGUACAAUAAUUCUAGGGACUGGAUUAGUGUUACGACAUAUGAUUGUUUAGGUACAGAUUUUGAUAUCAUAGAACCAUUUCCAUCAUCAACUUCCUGUGACGAUUUCAAUGCUUUAAGAUAUGUUAUUUAUUAUGAAUGUAACGGAAAUGACGCAGACAAUGAGCCUUGCAGUUCUUUGUUCAAUGCACCUAAAUGUGUCACAGAGCAUUUGAAUGAUCUGCAACUCAAUUGCAACCAAGAAAAGGUUACCAUGUUACUAAAUCAAAACCGAGAUAGUGUAUUUAAUAGAUCGACAGUAAAAGCAUGCGAAGACAAAAUGGCACCACUGAUUAAUGGAAGUUGUUAUGGGAUGUCUCAAGCGGAAUAUCACAAUGAAGUGCCACCAUGUUUUCAAUCUUUACGUGAAUUAAAAGAUGAAACUACGUCUUUAAACUCCACCUGCAGAAUGUAUUUAGAAGGCACUCGGUGUCUUGAAAGGAAGGCAAAUGAUGGCGAGACGUGCUCUGCUUCACAUAUAUCCCGUGUUCUGAUGGGACAGAUGGAAUAUGCAAAGUCUUUAGGAGAGAAUGGAUUAUCCGCUAUGUUAUUUAUAUACGGUAGUGCAGAGAAGAUAGGACGUGUUGCAAAAUGUCAAGAACACAUGGAAUCUUUAGAGAAAAUGGUGAAUAUUUGUGAUGAUGAGGAGUAUAUAUCAGGAACGAUUUUCUCCAAUCUGUGUUUUUAUCAACCCAAACAGGGUCAGAAUCAGUGUAGUAUCACACUAGCAGAUCUACUACAGUGUACAAUCAGAACAGUACAGCGCCUGGAUUCCAACUGUACAGCCACUAAAAUCGAACAGGCCGUUAUUGGUAAAAUCAAUGAAACUAACAGCAAUAUCACAGUCUGUGAUAAUGAAGAGUAUUGUUCCAGUGCUCUGGUAAAGAAGGAAGAUAUCUUAGUAUGUUUACGGUUCCUAUCGUUCAUUAACUAUACAGAUAUAACAGUGGAAGAUACCUGCGAAUUUUAUGGCGAAGGUUUAGAGUGUAUGAGCUAUUAUUUGAGAUAUUUAGAGGUAUUUUGUCAACCAGGAACACUCUCGAUACCUACAGCAAACUAUCUUCUAGACAACAAAUUAUCUGAAUUUGAUUUUAGUGUUUGUGAAGAUAAUCUGACGCUAGAAGUAGUGCCAUCAACUCGACCUCUCUGUGACAAUGAAGAAGCUUUAUUAAAGUAUACGACGAGCACGUGUGUCCAGCCAGUAUUGAAUGAUGUAUCAGAAAUGCCAGAUUCACUUUGCACAUUGUUAACACAUAUAUCAUUCUGUGUGGUGAAAACUCUGCAUGAAUCUGUUAUUUACUGUACACCGAGAGAUGUAGCGACUGUUCUGAUAGAGAAUGCCGAGUUCGUACAAGCUAAAUAUCCAUCACUCAAUUUUACUGGUUGUUCUGUACCAGAUUUUAACGUUUCUGUGGAAACUACGACUCCGUCAGCAAUAGUAAAUACCACCUGUAAAUGGGAUGAUAUUACAGAAAGCAUACCCAAAUCGUGUCCAGGUGAAAUAAUGGAUGUGAACAGUACACAUAUUGACGGCAAAUGCGAAAAGCUAUCCCAAUUGUAUGGUUGUAUCCAAUCGUCAUUAGAAACACGUGGCAUCCCCUGUCCAAUGUCAUUGGUGUAUGAACUGUUUAAGGAUCAUGGCGAUGGAGUCAUGCCAUACGUAGGAAUCAACCCUCGAUCUUGUUCAGGCGUUGAGCCAAUGAACAAGACCUGUUCUGCAGUCAACCAACUUGUGAUUGACCCCAACGCUCCUGAAUAUGUAUUGAAAUGUUUUUCUUUGGUAUUUGUCAGUCUAUCUGAUGAUAUUGACUAUGAUAACGCUUGUAGAUUAUUGGCGAUGGCAAUGAGAUGUGCUAUAAAAAAGAGUAAAAUGUUGGGAUAUGAUUGUACAACAGACAAUAUUAGACCAGCCGUCUACUCCUAUACUUCUUUAGUUUUCAAAUCUUUUAAUUUUGAUCCCGACAACUGUACAGCUCCGAUUGAGACUCGUUCUAUAUGUGAAGCUGGUGAUUUAAUGGUGUUAAUAGCCUCGUCAUCACCGUGUACCUACUAUGCGAAUCUUAAUGACCAACCAGCAUGCCAAUCAUUGUCAAUGUUAGUGGAUUGUGUUUCUACGAGAAUAAGCACAUCAGGAAUGUUCUGUUCUAAAUCCACCAUUCUGGAAUACUUGGUAGAUAAUAUAGACAUGUUUGAAUUGAAUUCUACUUUCAAUUUUACUACCUGUUUAGAGAAAGAUGUUGUUGAGAUACCACCAACGAAUCUGAUUAAUUGUUCAGUUUUACCAGCAGCCGAUGUUAGUACCCUAGACACAUGUCAGGCAUCAAUAAAAGAAUUCCAAGAAGCAGUAAAUGGUAGUGUCAAAUGCAGUAUAUUGUUUGAUGUUAUGAGAUGUGUCGCUUCCUCGUCAUUUUAUAUGGGCUAUAACUGUUCUAUAAAUGACAUUACACGGCUGUAUGGUUCCUCCGUGCUUCAAGGAUUUAAUCCAGAAAAUUGUGAUAUACCAAGUGAGCAUGAUGUACCAAGGGGAGAUAACCUAUGUACAGAUGGCGCUGUGUUCGAGUAUUUUAUAACCUAUGAUUGUAAAGAAUAUAUUCCUGAUCCGCAUCGCAUAGGCUUCUGUGGAUCUUUAAUGGGAAUGGCCAACUGUCUUGAUGGACUCCUCAAGGUCUGUCCCAAGUAUGAAAUAAAUAAAAUGAUACAAGCACAGCCGUUUAUGAUGUAUAUUGGCAGUAUUGAUGAUUGUAAAGAUGAGAUAACGACGACCCCAUCUCCACAUUAUACGUCAACGACGCCGUAUAGAAACACCACUAUCUGUGCAUGGGAGAGCAUUUUGGAUACAGCUUCCACAAUUUGCCCUGAUCAAAUGCUGAAACUAGCACAGAAUGAUUCAGAAAAAUGCCCGAAACUUACGUCACUAGCUCAGUGUAUUCAUAUUGCAAUGGUUGCCAGAGAUAUCGAAUGUUCCAUGUCGACUUUUCUACAACUUACCUAUCAAAACGCUGAUUAUAUGAGACAAACGUUCAAUGUUGAAGUUCAGGCUUGUUUAGAUGACAACCAACUGCUGUAUCCACCAUUGUACGUUGUUGAUAGAGGAUCACUCUGUAGCAGUCCUGUGGUCUAUGAUUUUGUAUCUAAUGUUACGUGUAAGGAUUCGGUUAAAGAUUGCAAUUUGGCAACAUAUAUGGAAUGUCUGGCAAAUAAUAUUACCAGAUUGACCAACUCGGAAUGUUCCAUGCAAAACUUCACACCAAAUUUAGCUGUGGAUACCUUCCUUCAAACUUACUUUUCCAAGUGUUCCAAUGAUACAUCUGAUCUGUUAAGCAAUGGAUGUAUCAACCCUCUAUCUACUGCUGACAUGACUUCAAUAUCACCGUGUUUAACACCAAUUAUUCUCAUGAAUGAUGGAGCGUCUUGCAGUAUAUAUGCCCAAUCAUUGAAAUGUAUGACCACGAAAUUAGGCAUGAACUGUACCAUCAAGAUACUUCAUCGGUAUAUCCAAACAGUUUUUAAUAUAGUAGGACAUAUCAGUGGAAAUAUGACACAGAUGUCAGCAAUACCUCGGGUAGCUGAAAUAUGCAACAAUUUUGUAAGUAACUUAACAGUUGAUACGAUACCAGAUAUAUGUCAACAUGGUGAUGCAAUGAUAAACAUGAUAAAACGGUUACCCUGUAUACCACAGUCAGUUCGUAAUAUAUCAACACCAUGUCUUUAUCUAGUGCCAACUAUCAGACAGUGUAUUCAACUUGCAUCUAAUAUGACUGGUUGUAAAGCAGAAGACAUCGUCCAAAUUAUUACAACAAAUACGGAACACCUUAACGACUUCAUACCGAUUCCAGUUUUGGAAAAGUGUUUGGGUAAUGGUACAUUUGAAGAAAAUUGUCCUAUUAUUCUACCAAACCAAUACAAUACGAAUAUAAGAUCCUGUUUGACUCUGAGUAUAACAGCUCGUGCCACCCCCAAUCCUGUCUCUACUGAAGAUGUGUGUAGAAUGGAUUCAGUAGCUGUUAAAUGUGUAAAAGAAAAGGGAAGAAUUGUUGGUUAUGAUUGUCAAACAAAGAGUAUUGUACAGCUGAUAGACCGUACAGCUGAUAUAACCGUUGAUGAAAUAGAGGGUUCUAUUUGUGACCAAUCUGAUAUCAUGGUGAUACUGGCUACAAGCUACCGAUGUUCUAUGACAUACUUCAACUUACAGAGCGAAUCUAUGUGCAGUUUAUUGGAUAAGAUGACGCGCUGUGUUUCACGGCUAUUGUUAGAGUCCGGAAUGUAUUGUGAUAAUAUCAAGAUUAAAGAAGGACUGAUAUCACAAACUCGUAGAUUACAGCCGUAUUUUAAUCAAACCAAGCAAUCAACUAUGAAUGAGUCUUCAUGUAUAUUAGCUACAGACGAGGUAUCGUAUUAUCCUGUUAAUAUGACUGAAUGUUCGGAGAUGGUGGUAUCAGGAUUUGACAUGUGUCAACACGCGUUAAUGAGUUUGAACCAAACACAAGGCACGGAACAGCAGUGUCGUGUACUCGAAGACUCUAUGAAGUGUUUAGUCUAUGCCAGCCAGCUCAGUGGUUAUAAUUGUACUGCUGAUGAUCUUAAAGAAAUGUAUAUUAACAAUAAUACAAUGUUAUCAACAGUGUAUGAUACAUUUUCACAAUCUUGUUCAGGUCCAAUGGAAAUUCCUCGUUUAACAAGCACCAGCCUGUGUAAUACACCGUUUAUGUAUCAUUAUAUGAUACAAUAUAUAUGUUCACAGUUCAUUCCUGGAAACAGUGAUCGAAUGCCUUGCAGUGUCAUUCAAGACCUAGGUAGCUGUAUCAAGUCCGCACUGUCCACUGAGUUCCAGAUGACGUGUCCAAGCUAUUUAAUUGAAGGACAUUUGCAACGGCAGCCGUUUAUGACCUACAUUGGUUCAGUUUCUGUCUGUAGUAAUCAAUCAAGUGGUAAUCUGCAGAGUGGCUGUGAAGGUGUAUCUGUUAAUAGUUGGCACUUUACAGAUUGUAAUCAGCAUUACACCAUGAUCAACCAAGAACCAGAAAAAUCAUGCCUUCACUGGGAAAAAACGAUACACUGCGUACAAACCAAUGUCUACAAUGAUGGUAAAUACCGUUAUUGUAAAACUAAAGAUGUAUUAGGUAGCUUAGUCAAUGGUAUUGAACUUGGUAAAAUACUUCCAAACUUUGAUCCUGAACCAUGUACUAAAGAAAUGUAUGAAAAUCUUCCUGAGGAUUCAUGUGAUGAAAUGAUGCUGUAUAGUCUAGCUAUGAACAAAUGUGAUCCCAAAAAUAACAUUUGUGGACAAGAGGCCAGUAUUAAAGAGUGUGUAUUAAGUGACCUCUACAGCCAUCGUAGCGGAUGUGAGGAUAAAAUAGAUGAAAAACUUUGGUAUCUUAUAUCCAGGAAUAAUCAGAAUUGUUCUGAGGAUCAAUAUUCAAUAGAUAGUCGUAACCAGGUAUACAUCUUCCAAAACAAAACUACAUCAUUCAUCUGCGGAUUAGACUGGAAUGAUACUGAUGCUGAAGUUCUAUGUAAACAACUGGGCUAUUCUUACGGUGUUGGUAAAUCUGAUACGGAGUUUGAGGAGAAUUCGGGCUUUACUUACAACUGUACCGGAAACGAGAGCAGAUUGGAAGAUUGUCCUAAACAUUUCAACCGGGAUUGUUUCUUUCAAAACAAAGUGGCCAAAGCAUUCUGUUACAAUGACGAUAUUCAAUAUGGUUUAAUUGACGGUCAGUCGGCUAAUGAAGGACGCGUAACUGUGGUGAGGAACGGAGUAAAAGGCUAUCUUUGUAGCGGGUAUUAUACUACUUACGAGACCAAUUCUGUAUGUAGAAAACUUGGCUUUGCUGGAGGAGAUGAUUUAGACGACGGUCAGAUAUUGACGAAAUCUUUAGAUAAAUUAUGGAAAAAUACCAUUACCUGUCCGGAUUCUAGUAUUGAUUUUGCUGGUUGUGCCCGGAAGCCAUGGGAUGUUAAUCCACUGCCCGAGAACGAGUCCAAUUAUUGUUACAAGAGUAUGGCUGUAUAUUGUCACAAUAAAACUCGACUAAACACAGCUGAUAGAAAUAAUACCGGUAUGUUGAUGAUGUACGGAGAGAGAAAUGGUCAGACACGACUUUCUCCUGUUUGUAAAGACAAUAUCAACCAAGAUCUAGUCACUGCACAGUGUCAAUACCUUGGCUUUAAUGACGGUGGGGAAUUAUUAGAUGUCAAUCCAUUUGUAUCCACAUUUUCAUCUUUUGGUGUGAAAAUUAACUCGUGUCCACCAACAGCUAACACUAUUGAAGAUUGUGAUAUUGGAUAUGACCAAAUGUGUACGCAAGGACCAGCAAUAUUACACUGUUUUAUCAACCAAGCCAAUCACAGUGAUGGUGAUAUGAAAAUUGAUACAACUGGCAGGAUCUGGGUGUAUAAAUAUGAUUUGUGGGGCACUAUCUGUUCCGAGGGAUGGAAUGAUAAAGCAGCCAGGAGUUUCUGUAGAUCGCAAGGUUAUGAUUCUGGUGUAAGUCGAGAGUUAUCGUAUCUCAGUUACAAUGCUAUUGACACUAAAUGGUUGUAUAACGUAUCCUGUUUUGGAAAUGAAACUGGAUUCUGGAAUUGUGCCCACAAGUAUCCUACAAAUGACGAGUAUAAUGUAUGUAGAUAUGCUGAUGAUGCUGGUGCUUAUUGUUUUAAUCAGUCAGACAAUCCCUACUUCAUACUAAGAGACGGAGUUCCACACACUCCAGGUUCCCUCCCUGAUUAUGGUCGGCUGUACUUCAGUGUAAAAGGCGAAGAAGGAGCUCUUUGUGCCCCCAGAAAUGUCCAACUACCACGAGUCAUAUGUAAACAGCAAGGAUUCGACUAUGGUGAAUAUUUCGAGGGAGAUUUACCUAGUCCUAGGACAUCGAUAUCGUGGAGAGGUGAUUUACGGUGUAGAGACGGCGAUUCAAUGGUGCUGAUGUGUUUCGAAGAUGGGGUGAAUUGGAUCAGAGUCGAUUCUACCAGUCCGUCUGAAAUUUCCUGUGAUGGUCACAAUACUGUUCAAGUUUACUGUUACAGUGAUGCAUGGAUCAGCACUGGUUUCUUAAACACAACUGGUAUGAUUACUGUGGUAGAUAAAACUGAACAACCAAUUGUGCUGUGUGAAAACCAGAUUAACAGAGAGGGACUUAACGUAUUCUGCAAGUCCACCAAAAAGUCUGCAGCACAGAAAAUAAGCUUCAUGCAAUACCCUGGGUAUCAUGCCACUGGAAGUAUAGGGUACAACUGUAGCGGUGGAGAAUUAUAUCUCUCUCGGUGUCAAAUAAAUACUGAUGUCCAAUGUGAAGGUCGGCCUGUUGUGGUUCGCUGUGAUGAUGAUUAUGAUUCUGGGAGUAUAAAAGACUUGGUUAUGGACAGAGACUCUGGUCGGCUGAGGUUACUGAAGUAUGGUGUUUACGGUAGUAUGUGUGCUGACCAAUGGACGGACGUUGAAGCUGAUGUUUUCUGCAGAUCAAAGGGUUAUAUUAAGGGAUAUGCGAAAACUCUCAUAUCUAAUAGUCGAGUGGCACAGUUCCAUUCUUUUAAGUGUUAUGGAUCAGAGACAAGCUUGUUGGAUUGUAAUUAUCUGAACUCUCCUACUAAAACAUGUAAUGAUGCAGCAGUCAAGUGUAUAACAGAAACUGAUGAUUUUGUGAUAUCACUGGAGAAUCAAAAUGAGUUUGAAGGCUAUGGAAAGAUUUUGAUAUCUAGAUCUGGUGUGACGUCAUAUUUCUGUGACACGGGAUAUUUAUCGUCCGCUGAUGUAGAGAAUAUUUGCAGACAUCUCGGUUUUGCGGAAAGUGAAGUUUUAGAUGUAGAUACUAAAGACCAACAAACGUCUGUCUGGGAAGUUGAUUUCGAAUGCAAUUCACAAAACUUGAGUCUCUAUGGCUGUAUCAACAGUGAUUGGAAGUAUGAGUCUUGGAAUGCUUCUGAAAUUAAUCCUUCAAGAUGUCGAUACGAUAUACCACAGAUACGUUGUUCUAAACCAGUUAAUGGGAUAAAACUGCCUGAUUUGAAUACCCGCUGUGAAAAUGACACAAUAUAUGAAAUGGUGGAUAAGGAUUGUGAUGACGUCAUUGAUAACAUCACCGCGGAAGUUAGGACGUCACAAAAGUCAGCAUGCCAGUUUUUCCCCGAGUUAGUUCAAUGUUUGGCAGAAAACCUCAUCUCUAAAGAUAUAUAUUGUACGGAAGGUCAAGUUUUUUCUGCUUUGCGACAAAAUAAACCGGAAAUAAUGUCAAUAAUCGGUGGGCUUAAUACUGAUAACUGUGAUGGUAUGACGUUUACACCAAAUGCUGAUUGCGCGUCACUGCCGCUGUUUUCUCAGUUAUUGCCACAAUGUUUUAAUAUACCAAAUGAAAUAAUAACAGAUCCGACAGAAAUCGCCAAGCUAUGUAGUCAAGGGAGAGAAUUAUUGGGGUGUUUAGCGGUGAAAACUCGAGAAGUGGGUUACCUCUGUCAGGCUGAUGAUUUUAUGACUCUAAUGGCAGAGAACCAACAUUAUAUGACCCAAAAAUUAAGAUUUGACGUUAGUUUCUGUAUACAAAACCCUACACAACAGACAACCCAAGGAACAGUAAUGUCCACUCUCUCCAGUGAUGUCCAUACUCGAUGUUUGAACUCCUCGAUAUAUGACAUGGUGGAUAAAGAUUGUGACGACGUCAUUGAUAAUAUCACAAUGGAAUUACAGACGUCACAGGUGUCUGCUUGUCCAUAUUUUCCAGAAUUAGUGCGAUGCUUAUCCGAGAAACUCAUAAGUAGAAACAUCUUCUGUUCUGAGAUUCAAGUCUUCACCACAUUACGUCAGAAUCAGCCGGAAAUAACCUCAAUAAUCGGUGGUUUGAAUACUGAUAACUGUGACGGUAUGACGUUUGUUCCCAAAGAUGCUUGUUCGUCACUUCCGUUAUAUGGAAAGCUAUUGCCACAAUGUUACGAUGCACCAAAUACAAUGAUAACAGAUCCACAACAAAUUGCUCAACAAUGCGCGAAAGGUUAUGAGAUGGGUCAAUGUUUAUUGAAGAAUAUAGUGGAUCUUGGCUAUACGGGGUGUACUGUGGAUAUGAUAUUGGCUUCCUUUAUGCAAAAUCCUGAAUGGGCUCAGACCAAAUUGAAAUUUGAUAUUGCGCAGUGCCAACAGCCACCAAAGUGA